UCGCCAUAACUAUGCCCGAUCAAUUACCACCUUCACCCUCUGGACACCCACAUGGUACACCGACGUCUACAGUCGACAAAGGCCGGCACCGGGACAAGUCUCCUCGCCCGCGACGCCGGAACCGCUUGAUUACAUCCUGCCUUGAAUGCCGUCGAAGAAAACUCAAGUGCGACAAGCAGCAACCAUGCGUCAAUUGUCUCAAGUUCUCGCGAUCAUGUGUGUUUAUCCAAGUCGACCCAAAAGCCCAGGCAAAGCUCGCCGAGGUCAAGGAGAAGAUGGGCAUUCUGGAAAGAAGUUUAGAGGAGGAUGCUGCACUUAAAAACAGGAAGAAACGUGAGAGCAGGUCCUCGUCCUACGAGAUGCCCAUUCUUCCCGAUCAAGACGAGGAUGAGGAAAGUGACCAGGAAGAUGAUGAGAAUGUGAAGGGUAUCCAGGAAAACGUCCUCGUUGUGGAGGAUGCAUCUUAUUAUGACGGUGACGAUAACGAGAACGAUGAUUUCGUGGACCUAGGCCUUGCUAUGGGCAAGAUGAGGAUUACUGACAGAAUUGGUGGGCUUGUGAGACCCAGGUUUGCUGAUGAGAUUGCAGCUUUCUUGGACGUAAUCCCUGGGGAUGACUCCCCUAACCUUUAUGCCGGACAGUCUCCAGAAGCAUGGAUCGCUCCAGGAGUCAACUAUGUGGAGCCAAGUUCCAGCUUUCUGCUUGAUGCAGCGUCAGAUAAUACGUCACUUCUUGCUUACCUUCCCUCGAAGGCACUCGUGGACAAGAUACUGGCACAUUACUGGAAGUACGCACAUGUCAUAGCACAGACUGUGCAUCGGCCAUCGUUCUAUAGGGACUAUGCGACUUUUUGGCGGAACGUUUCAGCUCGAUUUGAGCCCAGGCCAUCAUAUCAAGCGCUCCUGUUUGCCAUGCUUCUCUGUUCGACCAUCUCCAUGUCCGAAGACAAGGUGCAAGCUGACUAUGGUGUGGAAAAAUCGAGCCUAGUGAAUAACUUCAAACAAGGGACCGAAUCAGCACUGGCAAGGGCGAAUCUACUACGGACUACCAAGCUCGAAACUAUUCAAGCGUUUGUCACCUAUCUUAUACCAUUGUGUCGCUCCGAGGUUUCCCGUGCUCACUCUGCACUUGUCGGUACAUGUAUAAGACUUGCAGAAUGCAUGGGCAUGCAUCGUGACCCAACAGGCUACUCGAAGAACCCGAUAGAGAUACAGAUUCGGCGGCUAAUCUGGUAUCAAAUCAUCUUCUUGGACACUAGGACGGCCGAUGCCGUUGGUCCUCGUGCACAGAUUCGUCGCGAUGAGUACGACACUAAACUGCCGUGGAAUGUCGAUGACGAAGAACUAGACAGAACGGCGCAGUCUGGUGGGCAAAUCACGGGCGAUAGCAAACACUUCACUAACAUGACAAUCACUCGUAUGCGAGUGGAAUGCUACGAGAUGUUCAGAUACACGGCGAACGAGAGUCCCAAGCUGUUCAAGAAGACCGACACGGGAGAAAAACGGGUGACUGUCACCUCGCUUCUGAAGAAAAUCCAGAAGUUUCAAAGAGCUGUGGAACAGACCUAUCUACCCAUGUUUGACAAAACCAUUCCGUUGCAUGCUGUUGCUAUGGAGCUGUACGGAAUCUUGACCGGUCGAUUCUACACCAAGCUAUUGCAUUCGUUUGCAUCGUCCACAUUUAACAAGCGAAUCAUGCCCGAACGUCUUCGUCAAAUCUUGAUGUCUUCGUGCAUCAUGAUGCUUGAACAUACCAUGGUUAUAGAGCAACACCCGGUGCUAUCGCCAUGGGGCUGGUAUAUUGGGGCAAUACAUCAACACCAGAUCGCGUUGCUCUUACUAGUGGAAAUGUAUGUGACGACGCCAGACCCCUCAUUCGCUACACGAGCGUGGCGUUGUCUCGAUUACAGCUUCAAUCUCCCCGCAAGCCUCCCACAAACGACGAAGGCCAGAAUGGUGUUGGUCGAACUUUCGGAUAGAACCAGGAAGUAUCUAUCCAUACGGCGUGUGCGAGCGCCGACAAACAUGCCACAUGUAAUUGCUACUGGCGAUGCCACGUCUGAGAGUCAAACGGCACGCCAAGGCUCCGAAGAGCAGAGCAAUAUGCAAAGAGACGAUGGCACUCUUCAUACCACGUACAGCGGUCAUACUUUGGGCGAAGUCCCUUUUGAUCAAUUCCAGACUCAAUCGUAUCAAGGGCACGGGCAACCAGAGCAACCCUACAUGCCAAUGGGCUCAAUCUCGCAGACAGAUUGGGGACAGUUGGCUAUGGGAAUCGGAGAUGGUCAAGCACCACCACUUGUUACGAGUGCUCCCGGAACCAUGGAUUUUGGGGCCUUGGUGCCACCAGUCCCGUUUCCUGAUGCGCCAUCCAUGUCGUUUCUGAGCAACGACGGCGGCUUUUCAGGUAGUUCAGGAACGAACAGCACUGGAGCAACAAAUCCCGGACGCAGCACAAGUCCGAUGGAAUCCACGCUCAGUGAUAUCGAUUGGAAUGAAUGGGAUGGGCUGUUUGGAAAUGCACAAAUGGGGCCCGAUCAUAUGGUAAUCCUGCCUUUUUCUUUUCCUGACAUGGAGACGUCCGAUUUGCAAUGGCUGGAUCAGCACGGAUCGGGGUUGCAGUGA